AUGUCGUAUAAUCCCAGAAUGAGCAUCGUCCCCUCGUCGCAACAGCAGUCGCGCAUGCGCAAGAAAGAGGAGGAGGCGGACCCGAUGCGCCUGACUGACAAAGAGGUCGCGGGGUGCAUCAGCGAGAUCGGGCUACCCUUCACCGUCGCGGAUCUCCAGAAGCCCAAUCCGCUGCAGGUGCAGAUGGUGUUCGAGUGGUUCGCCGAGCUAUUGCUUAAUGCGACUCGUGAAACGGUCGACCCUGCGAUGCGCGCCGCCGCCGAGGACGUGUGCGGGGAGUAUGGCGACGUGCUUAUGCCCAGCGAUACGCGCAACCUCAUGGGCUUCUACGUAUCGCUGCGGCGGCUGCUUCUCGAGUGCGGCAUCACAGACUUCAGCUUCAUGGACCUGUACAAGCCCACCUACGAGCGCCUGGCAAAGAUCUUCAGCUACCUGAUCAACUUCGUGCGAUUCCGCGAGAGCCAGACUAAUCUAAUCGACGAGCACUUCAACAAGGCGGAGAAGACGAAGACUCGCAUUGAGGAUCUCUACGGCGAGAACCAGGACAUGGAGGCACGGCUAGAGGAUAUGCGACACAACCGACAGGCGAUGGAGACCCUCGUUGGAGAGAAGACGAGAAGGAAUGAGGAUCUCAAGAAGCGACUACUUGAGCUCAGGAGGAACCAAGAAAAGGUUGCUGCGAGACUGGAGGAAGCCAAGAACAAGAAGAGCGAGCUUGCUACAAAGCUGGAGGAGAAGACGGCUGCAAAACUCGCACUGAAACAAGACAGCGCAAAACUGCGCCCGUAUGUGCUGCAGAGCCCAUCGUCACUGCAGGCAAGUCUGGGCGAGCUUUCAAACGCCCUCAACAACGAUAAGGCACAUAUCGACUCGCUCGACCGACGAGCACGAGCUCUGCAAACAUCGGCAGACUCGUUCACAGUUGUGUCAACCGAUGUCGCUUCAUGCAUAAAACUACUAGAUGAGAUAUCUGCGGAGCUAUCUAAGGAGGAAGAGGAGAAUGCACGGAAGACGAAGCAAAAGGACGCUCUGCUUGAGCGACGGACAGAUGUCCAAGACGUCGAACGCGCCGAGUCACUUCUCCAGCGGCAACUUUCCAAGUGGAAUGAGCGGACAGAAAAGCUACGAGAGCAGGCUGCUCAGAAGGCUCAAGAGGCCAAGAAGAAAAUGGAGGAGCUUGAGAUUGUGCACAAGAAGCUGAAGACGGAGCGGACGGAAAAGGGCAAUGACAUCGAGAAGCGACGAGUACGAAUCGAACAAACCGAGAAGAAGAUGCAAGACUUAAAGGAUGCCAUCGAGAACGAGGUCCACAACGCGCAUGACGAGUACCUCAAGUUGGAGGCGCACAUAAAACUGUACAUCACAGAAAUGGAACAGGCCAUCUAA